AUGCCCUUUACCUUUUUGCCGUUGCCGUGCCGUCAUGAAAAACCAGACUUGUCUUCUUAUACAUCAUCAUCCUCCUUCAACAAGCCGUUAGCAUCAUCCACAUCCUCCUCCUCCUUUUCUUUGCAUCUACCCAACAACAACAACAACAACAACAACAACAUUAGCAGCCAAUAUGGUCCUUGGUGCUGUGCACCAUCACAUCCGUUUUCUUUUACUAGUUUACCUGGUAAAGACCAACAGCCUGUUGCAUUGUCGACUACAGCAGUGGAUGAUCCCGAAAUGUAUGCAUUGCAGACCAUGUUUGCUGCCUUGGAAACGAGAACCAAUCACUCGGAGCAUGUCGCCAUGUCGGUUGCCAAGCAACGCCAACAGCAACAAACGGCAGGAACCCAUCCCGCGUAUGUGGAGGCAUUAGUCGAUACCACUGCUCACAUUAUCGAAACUAUUUGGCCCUCAUCAUCAUCCACCUCGGCAUUUUCUCCAGCAAAGCAUGCAACAACAUUGCCUUGUUCACCCCCUUCUUCACCCACUGCAUCGAUGCCAACAACACCAGCACCUGCUGUAGUAUCGCUUAGGACGUUUAUUCAAGAAGUGCUAAAGAGAUCGCGUACUACGUAUUCGACAUUACAAACAGCUCUCUUUUACUUGUUCCGUGCACGACCUGCUAUCUUGUCCCAGCUAUAUUACACGUCGUCACCAGGUGUUGUUACACCUCCAUCACCACCACCAGCCGCUUCGGAGAAUGCUGCUGCUGUUGCUAUGGAGAUGGGAGGAAGCUAUUUUGCAUGGCAGGAUGCCUAUAUCCAUUGUGGAAGACGCAUGUUUCUUGCAGCUCUCGUAACAGCAUCCAAGUUUGUGCAAGACAAGACAUAUCGCAAUUCGACAUGGGCUAAAAUUGCAGGCUUACCAGUUGCCGAGAUCAAUGCCGCUGAGCGGAUUUUUUUGAAUCUUAUCAGCUAUCGCUUGUAUAUAGCCCAACCCACUUUUGAGCGAUGGCACCACUUGUUGCAUAUGCAUGUUGAAGCAAGAGCUGCUACUACGAAUACUUCUUCGACUCAUCCAACCACCACUACAACCACUUGGCUGCAUUAUAACCAUCAACAUCAUGCAUCAACCAAUACCACCACCACUACUACUACCAAAAACAGAAAACGCCGGUCGACCUUAUCUUCUACUACAACAUCAUCUCAUCAACAAGAUUCUUCAAAGAAACGAAAGGUCGCAACCAUUACAGAGACCUCUGGUAGGUCAUACGCCGCUACUGCUGCCAACAACAAGAAGUCUAAGCGGCAAUGA